AUGUCGUUCGCUCCGCCACCCGGUCCCCCUCCCCCAUCUGUGCCCGAGGGCUGGAAAACACAAUAUGAUGACAACUAUAAACAAUGGUACCUGUCUUCUCUCGAUCAUACUCCCACAACUGAAGCUAAUCAAGCACCGCUCUAUAGGUUUUUUAUCAACCUAGCCACGGGCAGAUCUCAAUGGGAACCACCCCAAUCCACACCAUCAACCCCAGCGCCGGUCCCGGCCUCGGAACAACCGCACAGUAGCCUUACAGACCCAGCUCUGCCUUCAUACGAGGAAUCGGGACCGGGAAAUCCCUCCGCCGUCGCCAGCGCCGAGGCCACAGACAAGAAAAACGCCCAUCGCUUCUCCUCGAAUAAUCCGUAUAACGGGGAGUCCGCAUCCACCCCCGGAACAUCCGGCGGCGGUCCCGGCACCACCAAAGGCACAGUCGAAAGCGAUGCGGAGAUGGCAGCGCGACUCCAAGCCGAAGAAGACAAAAAGUCCGGUUCCGCCGCUCCCGGCGCCGCAGCAGGAUACUAUAACAGUAACGACGCUCCGCAUUCUCCGGCAUCUUCAGCCUCAACGGCCGACCGAGAUAAAGGCAAAGAGAAGAAGAAGGGCUUCUUCAGUAAGCUCAUGAGCAAGGCUUCAUCUGCUUCAGGAUCACGGCCUGGCUAUGCGCCUCCGCGGCCGCAUCACCACCAGCAGGCCGCCUACGGGUAUCCUCCCAAUGGUGGCUAUGGUGCUCCCAGCCCUGGACCUGGGUAUGGGGGCCCCGGUGGGUAUGGGGGCCCCGGUGGGUAUUACCCGCCGCCGCAGGGGUACGGACCUCCAGUCGGGUAUGGACCGCAACCUGGCUACGGGUACCCCCAACAAGGCUACCAUGGCGGUGGAAUGCAGCCGCAGCGCCGGCAAGGUGGAGGUGGUAUGGGGAUGGCCGGUGCGGCAGCAUUGGGCGUAGGUGGUGGGUUGAUUGGAGGUGCGUUGUUAGCCGAUGCGAUUGAUGAUGACCAUGAUGACUAUGGUGGUGAUUAUGGCGGCGGAGAUGACUUUGGUGGCGAUUUUUAG